CAACAUGUUGUACUUACGACUAGCAGCCAUGUGUUUGCCAUGCUUGCGUGACGUGUGUGAAGCGUGUGAGAUUGAGAGUCAGUGAAAAAUAUACGCACGACAUCUGGGUGCUUUUUUCUAUGAACAAUAAGAGAAGUCAUAGGAUUAACAAUGAAUGCUGAAAAUAUAAAUAAUAACAAGAAAAAAUCUUGGACCGAAAAUGAGCGCUUAGAACUUGCCGCUAAAUUGGACGCUGAGUUGGAUGACUAUAUUAAUAAUUUGGAGCAAAAACAAUAUACCGAAGGAUGGCCAGAAGAUCGUUGGGAAGCCGAAAUGGACAAGCAUCCUUUCUUCAUGAAAAAAGCUCCCCAAGUUGGAGACGAAUUAUCACCGCUAAUGGAAGGCUUGCAGCAGUUGAAAUACGAUGAGAACGAAAAUACUCCCGAAGAAUUAGCAAAUAACUACAAAGAAGAUGGUAAUUUCAAUUUCAAAUACAAGAACUACCGUCUAGCUAUAAUGGGGUACACAGAAGGCAUCAGAACUAAAUGUAAAGAUGGUGAUUUAAUGGCUCAGCUUUAUAAUAAUCGAGCUGCUGCACAUUACAUGCUUCAGAAUUACCGAUCAAGUUUAAACGAUUGCAAACAUGCUUUGAAACUUAAGCCAGACUAUCCAAAAGCAUUAAACAGAGCUGCAAACUGCUGUUCGCAGAUCAAGGACUAUGAUCAAUGUAUUACUUACUGUGAUCAAUUUCUCGAAAAAUCUCCGUCGGAAAAGGUGAUAUUAAAUCUUAGAAAUGAAGCAGUAGCUAACAAGAAAAAAUUGGAGAGGGAUAAACGUCGAACUGAUGCUUUGGCUAAGAAAAUUGACCGAGAAGAGGAGACUUUACUCGAAAUAAUUCAGAGCAGAGGUGUGAAUAUCGAAUUGGGCUCAGGGAAGAGACACCUGCAACUAUCUGAUUUUGAACCGUGCAUACCACAAAUAGCCCAGAACAGAGUGCAUUUGAUGGAAGACGGCCGUCUGGUUUGGCCCGUUAUAAUUUUAUAUCCAGAAACUCAACAAACAGAUUUCAUUCAAGAAUUUCACGAAGAUACCAGGUUGAUAACCCAGUUGAAAGAACUGUUUGAAGAACCUCCGGGAUGGGACACAGGAAGGCGGUAUUAUCCAGAAAAUUUAAAUGUGUAUUUUGAGGGUAAAGGGAAACGCACUGUUCACAAAAUUGACGUUGAAGCAACACUUGGAAAAAUUCUGGCUGACCAGAGGUUCGAGGUGAGAGGAGGAACUCCGGCUUUUCUGGUGUUGGUCGCAUCGAGCGAAGCGGAGAAGCGAUUUUUAGCCAAUUAUUGACUUUGAACUGACUCCAAUCGCGUUACGGAAACGCUACUCGACUCCACGGUGCUUUGAGCCGACCGUUCAAGACACUAACUCUCGCGUUACCUUUCUCCUCUACGUUGUUUUUUUCUUUUUUUCUCUACCACCACGUCACGCUUGAUCAUCCAUAAUUUUCAAAUGUUUAUUCCCACUGAAGUUGUACACUACCUGUAACUUCGAGGUGAAUAAAUUUUCGUCUCUUGUUCGUGAAUUCUCAGAUCCUAGGAAGAUGGAAUAACCGUUUGGAUUCAUUUCAUAUUCAUGAAUCGUUUCCUACCGUUUUUACCCCCCUCACACUUCCUGUCAUUUCUCAGUUAUCGUGCAAAUGGGAUUGCAAGACUCGGAGGUUCUUAUCUUUUCUUUUACUCCCUCUAUCCGUCGGUUCUUUGAUCAAAUACAGGAUCUUUUAUUUGAUUUUCACUUUUUUCGCACACUCUCCAAUUGAUAUUCAAAUUCUUUUACCCUCAUGAUUCCGAAAGAACCGCGCUCCGCGAUUCGCCUGCCUAUGCAGAUACGACCUCACGCAGAUAACGUAAAGCGGGUUUCAAGGAACAUUCGUCCAGGUGUCAGACGAGAAAUCAAUAACGACUACAACGUGAUUAGGCGAGUCAGUUUCCUCGAUCUCGAGCUUCUUUGUGAUUCUACCAGCUUUCGCCAUAUUUUGGGUAAUUUCGGUAACGGUCAGUUGAGAGGAGUGGAGAAAAACAUGGUGAAGACAUUGAUUUCAAUUAGUAUUGCAUUUAUGAGUCACGAGAUUGCGGAGCGUCGUUUUCUUAAGGUAAUUCUAUCGUUUAUCAGCUGAAUAAUUAUAUCACAACGUGCAUGUAUUGUUGUUAAAAAAUAUAAUACAGAAUCAAUUCGCGAGAUUUUAAUGUAACCGUUUCUUCUUUUAAGAUAAACCGCAACAUGAAGUGGGUAUGAUUUGUAAAGUUGCCCGCGCGAUAUAAAAACCUAAUUGAUGUCGAGUUCACGGUGAAAUAUGUAUUUGUCAGGUGUUAACGUAGCAGUACGAACUGGCAUAUUGUUAUUGAAGUAGAAUACGAGCGGGAGGCGGGUGUUCCCGGGGAUUACUUAUAACUGUUGGAGCCGUCGUGUUCCCGUGGCGAGUAGGUAGGUAUGUUGUACAUACGUACGUAUCGUGGUGCGUGCACGUGAUAUAUUUCCCUCCGCGUCACGUCGCGUCGGGUUCAACGGGAGAACAUGAUUUGUGGGGGGGUUAAAUAAGAAAAAAUGUUGCUCAAAUAUAUUGACGUAGGCGUAACUCUGGUUUACUGUACAGCUAUAAAUCUGAAUGUUUUCGCAAAUGGCCAUAAGUAGCUUGUGCGCCGCGUGCCAAAGUCAUAAUGUCACGGUUGUCCUCCGCGCAGCCGAUGCCUCCUCGACUCGGGGAAAAUGUCUUUAUUAUUUAAUUGCCGUUGUAAAGAUAUUCUCAACCUGUUGUAAAUAAAGCAAUAAAUACUUCAAUAACUACGUUUCUA